ACACAAACCUAAAAGGUCGACCGAAUAUUUGUUUUUUUUGGGGAAAAAAACUCUUAAUGAAAAAGAAACACAGCACGAGAACCCGUUCUUAUUUAUCCAUUAGGGUUUUCUUUUCCCCCGUCGAAUUCGAUUCGCAUGAACACUUGAGGAGAAAAAGUGUGUGAUUUCUGAUGCAAUUCAAUUGGGUGCGUUUUGCAAGGUUUUUUUUGGGCUGAAUUUUGAAUUUCAGACGGGGACUCGGGGAGUAAGCGGUAAAAUUCAGACAUGGCGCGUGACGGGUACGUGGUUCCGGCGGACCCGUCUGCGGUUGUGACGGUGAAGAAGAAGGCGCCCCAAUCGUCGCGGAGUUGGGUCCUCGUGGACGCGCUGGGGCAGAGUACAGUGCUCGACGUCGACAAGUACGCGAUCAUGCACCGCGUACAGAUCCACGCGCGAGAUCUCCGUAUCCUGGACCCCAAUCUCUCUUACCCUUCUACUAUCCUCGGCCGAGAGAGAGCCAUUGUGUUGAAUUUGGAGCAUAUCAAGGCGAUCAUCACUGCUGAAGAGGUUUUGCUACGUGAUCCAUCAGAUGAAAAUGUUAUUCCUGUGGUGGAGGAGCUUCAAAGGCGCUUGCCAGCUGGAAACGAGGCACACCAAGUUCAGGGAGAUGGGAAAGAGAGCUUGGCUGCACAAAAUGAUGUUGAUGCUGGAGAAGAAGACGAAUCACCAUUUGAAUUUCGGGCGCUGGAGGUGGCUUUGGAAGCCAUUUGUAGUUUCCUAGCUGCAAGGACGACAGAACUAGAGACUGCUGCUUAUCCGGCUUUGGAUGAGCUUACCUCCAAGAUAAGUAGCCGCAACUUGGAUAGGGUUCGUAAAUUGAAGAGUGCAAUGACUCGGUUGACAGCUCGUGUUCAAAAGGUAAGGGAUGAGCUCGAACAAUUACUGGAUGAUGAUGAUGAUAUGGCCGAUCUUUACCUUUCAAGAAAGCUAGCUGGCGCUUCUUCACCGGUCAGCGGUUCUGGUGGAGCCAUUUGGUGUCCUGCCUCCCCAACAAUAGGAUCUAAGAUUUCCAGAGCCAGUAGAGCAAGUUUAGCAACUGCUCGUAUGGACGAGAAUGACGUUGAAGAUCUUGAAAUGUUGCUCGAGGCAUACUUCAUGCAAAUUGACAGCACUUUGAACAAAUUAACCACGCUGCGGGAGUAUAUUGACGACACCGAGGAUUACAUUAACAUCCAGCUGGACAAUCAUCGAAAUCAGCUCAUUCAGUUAGAGCUCGUAUUGAGUUCUGGAACAGUCUGUUUAUCGAUAUAUUCUCUCGUGGCUGGAAUUUUCGGUAUGAAUAUCCCUUACACCUGGAACGAUGACCACGGAUACGUCUUCAAAUGGGUUGUCAGCCUCACUGGAUCAUUCUGCGCAAUUCUGUUUGUGAUCAUCAUGUUGUACGCUCGUUACAAGGGCCUCGUCGGAUCUUGACGAUCCAUCGAUCAGUCUUCCUCCUCUCUUUGUCACGCACAUGAAUGGUAAAAGGAAACUGGUAUGGAUUCUCUCGAUCGCUCUCUUCUCUUUACAGAAUUUGUGAAGGGGGCUUUGAUUUUUUUCCCCCUCUAAACGCCGGAAAUCUGGCGAUCUUCAUGGCCACAUUACUUGUGGGAUUAAACCAAAAAAAAAAAAAAAUAAGGGUAUGAGCCCUUUGACGUGUAGCUGUAAAGACAGCUUACACAUCAGUUAUUUACAACAUUCACCUUCAUAUUCACUGUUCUGCCUGUAAUUACAAGUAUUACUCAACAAUCAAUCAUUCAAUGAAACCUCAUUAGCAUACACACA